AUGGAUGGCCAGUCAAACAACAUAUUAAUUACGUUUACUCCUCUUGAAAUCGGACUUAUUUCUGCUGGAAUAGUUCUUACUUUACUUUUUCUGAUCACAAUCGCCUGGGUGGCUUAUUACUUUUGGAGGAGACAAGAUAGGCAACAAUACUUAGAAAAACAGCUUAAAUACCACAGGUCACCACCCCAGCCCCAAAUAAAUAUACCUCGUCCUCUUAAAUAUCCACCAACAAAUCCUGCCGAGGAGAGUGAGAAUGUGACCAACAAGAAAGGAUAUCCCGUGCAACAAUCCUUCAACGAGGGCAGUGAGAAUGAGACCAACAAAAAAGGAUAUCCCGUGCAACAAUCCUUCAACGAUGACAGUGAGAAUGAGACCAAUAAAAAAGGAUAUCCCGUGCAACAAUCCUUCAAUGAAGUCCCGUCGCAAUCCCUUCAAUUUUCCCAUAGAGAAUCGACAAUUACGGAUGUUGCCCCGUUGUCAACGGUUACUCAGUCAGGACCAGGGCAGUAUCCCUACCGUGACUAUUAUACACAGCGGGAUGGUAUAAAAGAUGGCCGCGUGCAUGCGCAGGUUGCCAGCGAUGGCUUGAAAUCAGCUACAGAGUCGCCACCUAUAAGCAGCCUCCAACACCUGAGUCCGUACAACUACUAUAAUGCAAGUGAAAUCAACGAACAGAUUGACGCAUACAUAAACAAUCAAUCCAUAGGAGACUCAACCCCUUCAUCAGCCAUGUCAUCGGGCAUCAAAGUGACACGCUUUCCAGUGGAGGUUAACACACGGCCUAAUAUUGGUAUUCACAAGAAAAGACUGGGUUAG